CGCUGCUGUUUGUUUAUAAAAAAAAUAGACAUUCUACUGAUUUGUUGUCUUUAUUAGCUGCUCUUUGAUUUUUUUUCUCAUUUGCUGAUUAGUUUUACUGUGACUCCUCCCCCUUUGCUUCACCAGCAUUUUAUUGGCUUUCGUCCUGUGAAGUGGUGUGCCCGCCUCUUUCUAAAGCACAUCAUCGCCUAUCCCUUUUUUUCCCAGUGAUAGAGAAAGAGAGAGGAUGGUGAGAGGGAGGAAGAGAGAGAGAGACGGGGAGGGGAGAAUUUCUGUGGAAAAAAGAGGCUGUGCACUGUCUGGCUGUUGACAAGGGCAGGCAGGCAGGCAGAGGGAGAGGAAAGAGAUGGAGAGUGAAGCGAGGUUUUCCGUCUGUGAUCUGUGCAGAGUGGGCAUUAUAGAAAGCAUCUAGCACAGGGAUUUGAAAAAUUCCUGUGCUCCAGGCAGAUGACUGAUCCAAGUCUUGACCUACGGUGAAGUUUUUUAGGCACGGGGACUCCAAGGAUGCGCAGGUACUUGACACUGAAGUCUGCUGUAUUAAUAUCCUUGCUGCCUGAAGCGCAUGGUGGAAAUCUCAGAUCACAGGAAUCAUAAUAGAUAGACUGCUCGUGGAAAGCCUGGAAUUGUUCUCUCUGGAUUUUCCCCUAAGCUUCUCUUUCUGAUCCAUGUUCCAGGUAGUCUUCUUGCAUGCUUCACCUCUUUUUAUCUCUCCUUUCUGUCUGGUAGCAUCCACACUGUGGUGUACAGCUACAAACAGCAUGCCUUAAUCUACAGGGGGAAAAACAUGUAAUAUCCCUGUCCAUCACACUAAAUGUACAUGUGUCAUGUGCUGGAAGGUUACGAAGGUUGUGGUUGAAGAGCUGCAGUGUGCUCAAAUGCCCUAAAACUGAAGAGCUAUCCCAGUCAAAGGGAAAUGAAUAUUUCAAGGCUUUAGCACAUGUGGAAGAUGAGCAGCUAACGAGCACAAAGGACACAAAGUCGGAAUUUUGUCCAGCCUACGGGAAGAAACCACCAUUCAAACAAUCUUCUCUCCUCUUCUUCAAAAUGUCUUGUAAUAUUUUUAUCAGUUGGGAUUAAACCAGAAUAUCUGCUCACCACACACCAAUAUAAUAUAUGUCUGUGUCUAUGUGUCUAACCAACUUGGACCUCAUGGAGCAAACUGGUGUAUCACAGCAUAAAACCACCUACCUCAUCUCCCUAACCUUGGUGAAGGUGGAGACAACUGAGGAUCAUGGGAUGGAAAAGGCCAGGCAAAGUGUGGAGGGGGCCACAAGUCAUGCCGGAGGAAAACAAAUAUCUCCAAACGCAGACUCUGGCAAAAGGGAUCCGAAAAAAGAGGAGGUCACUGAGCCAGAAGCAAGGAAAGGUACCCAGCUCAAAACUGAACAGGAAAUACUUCCAAGCCCCAGGGACCAUAAAGCACUUUUUACAGAUGGUGCACAACCCAGUGACAGGCAAAAAUCAAUAACCUCAUCCACUGCAGAAAACGGUGGGGCAAGAGAAGCCACAAAAGCAUCUCAAACAUCUACAUCCAAGGAUGCAACUGAACCAUCCAACCCCCCAGCCACGAGCGAUGGUGUAGGACGUGUUAACAAGCGACCUGUUUCACUUCUAAAGACACAUAGUGGUGCCCUAAGUGGUCGUGAACUAAGAGAGGCCAGAGACAGCAUCCAUGCCUCCUCUAAGAGUCUGGAUCGUAAGGACAGCAGAACAAGGAUCCAGUCCCCUGCCAGCCCCGCUCCCAGCACGUUCAGAGCCUCCUGGGCUGUGUGUGAGGCCAAACCCAAUCAAGAAGAUCAGAAAGGGGGCAAUAAGGAUAAAAUGUCUACAGAAGCUGUCAUAGCCAUGCGGACCCAAAGUCCCAGAGCGGAGAGACUGAAGUCAGGGUCUACAUCUCUUCCAGCUCCUGUCACUGUUGUCUCCAAGCCCCAGCGAAAAGGAAAAAGUCGUACACUGGACAACAGUGACCUAAACUGUCUGUCUGAGGACCUUCUAAAAGGAAAAAGUGGACAAAUAGCAUCAGACAUCAGGACAGGUCAGUUGCAGGGGACCUCGACUCGUGAGCGCAAAAUGCUCAAAUUUAUUAGUGGAAUUUUUACCAAGAGCACUCAAGUCCCAUCAAGUGCUGGCAUGGUUCCCCAAGUUCCUAGCUCCUUACAGAGAGAAUCCAGUGAGGAUGAAGCUUCCUGUGCUAAUAGUCAGGAAUGGACCUUAAAUCGUUCCAUAUCAGAGCUGAGACUGGGGGUGCUGGGUAGCAUGCGGAGUGGAAGGUCUGCCCUGGUAAACAAGUUUAUCACAGGAAGCUAUCUUCCCCUUGAGUCACAUGAAGGUACAAGAUAUAAGAAAGAGGUGUUGGUUGAUGGUCAGAGUCACUUGUUACUGAUUCGAGAUGAAUCCAGCCUUCCCACUGCGCAGUUCAGCAACUGGGUCGAUGCAGUUAUUCUGGUGUUUAGCCUGGAAAACGAAGCCAGUUUCCAAGAGGUGUACAAGAACUUCAGUGAACUGGGAACUCACCGUAACACUGCAGACCUCCCGCUCACAGUAGUGGGCACACAAGAUAAGAUUAGCAGCACUAAUGUUCGCAUUAUUGAAGAUAAGCGAGUGCAACAGCUUUGUGCAGAUGUGAAACGUUGUACCUAUUAUGAGACCUGUGCCACCUAUGGACUCAACGUGGACCGGGUCUUUACUGAAGUGUGCCAGAAGAUAGUAGCAAGUAAGAAGCAGGCCAACCUUCUAGCAUCCUGCAAGUCCCUCCCCAACUCCCCCAGCCACUCUGGAGCCUCCACGCCAGUGUCUGGUCCAUUAUUGGGACAGGCAAGUAAUGGGGGUCAUAUUGAAUAUUCCUCCUCUUUGCCCUCCACCCCUGUGAUAAGUCACAGAGAAUUACGGGGAGUGGCAGGGGGAGAGGGAGGCUCUCAGCGAAAUGUACCACGCCGCCGGACCUCCUUGUUUACGAACCGACGUGGGAGCGAUAGCGAGAGGAAAACUACGGACAGCAGAAUUGAUGCAGGAGGCAGCAAACCAGUUAUAAUCAGACAGGGCACGUUAUGGAAACGCAGUGAACGCUCUCUGAACAAGGAGUGGAAGAAGAAGCUUGUCACACUCACCAACAACGGCAUUCUCACUUAUCAUUCAAACAUCAAUGAAUAUAGGCAGAACACCCAUGGCAAGGAGAUGGACCUGUUGCGUGUAACUGUGAAAGUCCCGGGUAAACGGCUACACAGGGCAGCACCCCCACCUGCCUCUACUCCUGCCCCUGGGGUCAAUGGCCUUGCAAAAGACAAGCCAGCAUCUGAAGUGGAAAACCCAUCAAAUCUUCUGACUGUUGAUGAAGCAGCUGGCUCUGUAAUGUCUUCUCAAGAUGAACAUAAAAUCAAACGCUGUCCUUCAUCCCUGUCCAAUAAGGCAGUUAGCAUGGCAGAGUCAAGCAUCGAGGGGGCUACAAGUCCUGCUCUGGGGAAAGACAUUACUCCAUCGUCCCCCAUGAGUGACAGGAAGAAAACCAAAAGGAAGAAAAGUAUAAACGUCAAAGGAGAUGCUGCAGCCAGUCAGGCUGAUGCCAAGCGCAAAAUGUGGAAAUUGAAAAGCUUUGGUAGCUUGAGAAACAUUAACAGAACAGAGGAGGAGAACGCAGACUUUAUUAUCAUAUCAAGCACAGCACAGACCUGGCACUUUGACACCCAGAACCAGGAGGAGAGGGAUGCCUGGGUGCAAGCCAUCGAAAGCCAAAUCCUCGCUUCUCUGCAACUGUGUGAAAGUCGAAAUAAGCCUCGGAGAAGCAGCCAGAGUGAAGCUGUAGCACUACAAGCCAUUCGCAAUGCCAAAGGAAAUAAUCUGUGUGUGGAUUGUGAUGCACCAUGUCCCACCUGGGCAAGUCUAAAUUUGGGAGCACUGAUAUGUAUCGAGUGCUCAGGAAUUCACAGGAACCUUGGAACUCACUUGUCCCGAGUCCGUUCCUUGGACCUGGACGACUGGCCAAGUGAGCUCACCAAGGUGCUAAUGGCAAUAGGCAACCACAUGGCCAACAGCAUUUGGGAAAAAUGUACGCAAGGACGCCAAAAACCGACACCUGAGGCGACAAGAGAGCAAAGGGAGUCUUGGAUUCGGGCUAAAUAUGAGCAGAAGGUGUUUGUGGCGCCCUUGCCAACUCAGGACGAGAGCCCAGGUGAGGUGACAUCAUCGCAGCUCCUCAGUGCUGUCACCAACAAAGAUCUUCCCAGGCUCCUGCUGCUCUUAGCCCACAGCACCAAGGAGCAGCUUAAUGUUCAGAUGCAGCCUCAGAGCCCCUUACACGCAGCCUGCCAGCUUGGAGAUGUGGUCAUGACUCAGCUCCUGGUCUGGUAUGGUAGUGAUGUGAAAGCCAAGAAUCCUCAAGGCCAAACAGCUUUAAUACUGGCACAACAAGCUGGGAGCCAAGAGUGUGUGGAUAUCCUUCGCCAACAUGGCUGCCCCAAUGAACCCUCGCCCACUGCGCCAACUCCCAUUCUCUCCCGCAAAAGUAGCAUCACCAGUAUUGGACGUAACAAUUCCAGGAGAAGGGUCUCAUAACUUGGAAAAACUUCUUGGACAUACAAAGAUUCUUCCUUUCUGUGGAAAAAAAAAACAGAACAGUUUUUAUUUCAUUUUGUUAAAACAAAACAAAAAACUAACUAUGUAUGUCUCUCUCUCUCUGUGGAUGUUUUGCUCUGUCCUCGUUCAUAUAUGUCCAUUUAGGUUCUUCAGAGCAGGCAAAAUAAAACCUACUUUGUCACUGUAUAAAAUAAAAUUAUCAAGCCAGCUUGAAAUCAAAUACUGAUACUGUUUCAACGACUCAAAAGCAAUAUUAUACAUGCUAAUUAUACAUCUAUUAUAAAGACAAAUGUAGCCUAGAGAGCUUCUCUGAGCAAUCUGUGGAGAUCCAUUCAACAUUAUGUAUGACUCAAAAUACUGUUCCUCAUAAUAAGCAACAGAAAUGAGGCCACUGUGUUUGUAUGGGAAGCAAAUAGUAUUUGUCAUUGUGCAACGUUUCUAAGUACUAGACUUAAUAAACUUAAAUCUUUAAAA